CAGUGCAGGUGCACUUGAGGAAAGAGUGUGAGAGUGCUCGCCGGGGAACGGGAGACAGUCAAGCGGAGAUACGAACUUUUUCAAGGAAUCACAGAGAUAGAUGUAAAUACAUGACCAUCAUACAUUUGUUUAUGUGGAACGCUGUGAGCUUACAUUGGCUCGUCAACAUAAUUAGUUCUUCAUCUAAAGGAAAAUGAAGAAAUCGGGAUAUUCAGGCAUUGCCAGGCCCAGCAGUGGAAAGGUGAGGAGAAUGGAGAAAGGAGACACUUCGGCUGUCUCCGGUUCCACUCUGAAGCGGUCAUUUGAAGUUGAGGAGGUCGACUCAUCGACCAACCCCUCCUCUCUCUCCCGUAGAACAACCAAUCCUCUGCGCUCCUCCACCUCCUCCAUCAGUCGAUUCCAUGAACUGGGCAGUCGCAACUCAGACUACACCUCCAAACAUGCAUCAGAGGCCUCUAACCAGCGCUCGCCCAAAACCAGCCUUAGACGGGUUGAGCUGUCUUCUGGACGUACCUCAGAGGCGCCUCGUAGGUCAGAGAUCUCUAUCGACAUCUCCUCCAAACAGGUUGACAGCUCGCCCAGUGUGGGUGUCAGCCGUUUUGGCCUGAAACGGCCAGAGGUCUCGCUCCACUCCACCAAAUCCUCAGAGAUGACUGCUCACAGACGGGCGGAGAUCACCCUUGGUCGGUCCCAGGAACCUUCGGCUCUGCCCAGGAGAGCUGACCUGUCUCAUUCUGCCUCCCGCAUCCCAGAGCUGUCCCACAGGAGGUCUGAGCCCCCCAGCCCAGCAGAGGAGGCCCCCUCCUUGACCAGGAGGCAAGAGGAACCUCCGGACAGACAGGCUGAGACGCCAUCUCCUGUGGGAGAGUCGGAGAGCAGCUUCUCCUCGGCAGUGAGUGCUAACUCUGGAACCACGGAGCAGAGAAGCCCAGCUCCAAUGCGAGAGACCACAAUCAGACCUGCAGAGAGGUCAGAAGUCAGCCUGAGCUCCAGCAGCAGCAUGGCGGAGGCUGAGGAGGUGGACACAGCACCGGUUGUUCUCCAGGACAAACCUGGUGUAGACUUGAGUUAUGUUGGCAUUGAUGCCAUCCUGGAGCAGAUGAGGAGGAAGGCUAUGAAACAGGGGUUCGAACUCAACAUCAUGGUUGUGGGUCAGAGUGGUCUGGGGAAAUCAACACUGAUGAACACACUGUUCAAAUCGAAGGUGAGCCGAAAAUCCGUUCUGGGUACAGCUGAGGAAAGGAUCCCCAAGACCAUCGAAAUCAAAUCCAUCAGUCAUGACAUUGAGGAGAAGGGAGUCAGAAUGAAGCUCACUGUCAUAGACACACCAGGAUUUGGAGAUCAAAUCAACAAUGAGAACUGUUGGCAGCCCAUUAUGCAGUUUAUUAAUGACCAGUAUGAACGAUAUCUACAGGAAGAGAUCAACAUCAACAGGAAGAAGAGGAUCCCAGACUCACGUGUCCACUGCUGCAUUUACUUUAUCCCUCCCACAGGACACAGUCUGAGGCCUCUGGAUGUGGAGUUUAUGAGACGACUGAGUAAAGUGGUGAACAUCGUUCCUGUCAUCGCUAAAGCUGACACUUUGACCUUGGAAGAGAGAGACUUUUUCAAGAGGAAGAUCAGGGAAGAGUUGAGAGCCAACAGUAUUGAUGUGUACCCUCAGAAGGAGUUUGACGAAGAUGCUGAGGACAGAAUGAUCAAUGAGAAAAUCAGAGAGAUGAUUCCAUUUGCUAUUGUGGGGAGUGACCAAGAGUACCAGGUGAAUGGGAAGAGACUCCUUGGCAGGAAAACAAAGUGGGGAACCAUAGAAGUUGAGAAUAUUGCUCACUGUGAGUUUGCCUACCUGCGAGAUCUUCUUAUAAGAACCCACAUGCAGAACAUUAAAGACAUAACCAGCAGCAUGCACUAUGAGGCCUACCGCGUUCGGCGCCUCAAUGAAAACAACAUGCAGACCAAUGGCAUUGCAGAUCAUGACCCCGCCUCCCACGAGAUGUAACACCCUCUGCCACCUCAUCCCUCGCUUCCUCCACACUCCUCUGUCCUGCCCAGUCUCUGCUCGCACCUGUCGCUCCAUUCCAGACGUGUCUGUCAUGGAUGUCCAGCUAUGCACUUAGACAGACACACACACACACACACAGACACACACGUGUAAAAAUGAAAAGAGAUUUAUCAAUCUCAUACAGAUUGCAUUGCCUUGUUUAUUGGAGAUUGUCUGCUCGCAUGUGGUUUGACCCAGGUUGGAUUAAUCAGUGGGAGGAGACAUACUCCUGACUGCAUGUAGAGUUCAACAUGAUGGUGUUUAUGGUACACAGUGUGUUUUAGCAUGCAACGUUUAGGCCCUGCUAACCCACACUGUCACUGUCCUCAAACAGCCUCUGCCCCUGUUGGGAUGGUUCCACACACACAGGGACUGAUCCAGAUCACUGUCGUUUUAUAGCCUUGGGACAGGAGUUAUCUCCACAGUCGCACUUUGACCUUUCCUGAACUUUACAAAUAGUAGUCAAAAAGCACACAAGACAGUGGAAUAACGCUAAAUGCUGCCAUUUCUGAUUAUCUUUUUUUUAUCUUUAUUUCUCUCUUCGUUUUCUGUCCUGAUUCACCCUCCGUGAAAAAUAUCCUCACCUGAUUUGAGACAAUAUCAUUAAGCAAAGGAAAGGAGAUGUUGUACUUGUUUUAAGAUUACAUUUGGUUUCAGUAGACAAAGCUUUGACAGUGCUGAACUGAGUGACGGAGGAUCUUUGUUUUUUGCUUGUGCUGUAUGUUCAUCUGUGAUCAUUUUUGUACUGUUAUUAAAAAUAACACAAAUAAAUAUCUUUGGUAUUUUAAAUGAUGUUAAGGUGGUAAAUAAUUGUUUUUACUUUGUUUAUUUGUAAGUGUGAAGUGACAUGGCUGCACAGGGCUCUCUGAUUUUCAGACGUCAGGAAACCAAACAUCACCUGCAGCCGUGACA